CCCGCCCCGCGGUACCAGCGCCGGGACAGUCGCCCGUACCGAGCCCGAGCCCCAGGCGCCAUCGCCGCCGCCAUGCGCUGGUUCCGGGCGCUGCUGAAGAAUGCGUCCCUGGCCGGGGCGCCCAAGUACAUCGAGCACUUCAGCAAGUUCUCCCCGUCCCCGCUGUCCAUGAAGCAAUUUUUAGACUUCGGGUCCAGCAAUGCCUGCGAGAAAACCUCCUUCACCUUCCUUCGACAAGAGCUACCCGUCCGCCUGGCCAACAUCAUGAAAGAAAUCAAUCUGCUUCCCGACCGGGUGCUGAGCACCCCCUCGGUGCAGCUGGUACAGAGCUGGUAUGUCCAGAGUCUGCUGGAUAUCAUGGCGUUCCUGGACAAGGACCCCGAGGACCAGCGGACCCUGAACCAGUUCACUGAUGCCCUGGUCACCAUCCGGAACCGGCACAAUGAUGUGGUGCCCACCAUGGCACAGGGCGUGCUGGAGUACAAGGACACCUAUGGCGAUGACCCAGUCUCCAACCAGAACAUCCAGUACUUCCUGGACCGCUUCUACCUCAGCCGCAUCUCCAUCCGCAUGCUCAUCAACCAGCACACCCUGAUCUUUGAUGGCAGCACCAACCCAGCCCACCCCAAACACAUUGGCAGCAUUGAUCCCAAUUGCAGUGUGUCUGAUGUGGUGAAAGAUGCCUACGACAUGGCCAAGCUCCUGUGUGACAAGUAUUACAUGGCUUCACCUGACCUGGAGAUCCAGGAAGUCAAUGCUACCAACGCCACUCAGCCCAUCCACAUGGUCUACGUCCCCUCCCACCUGUACCACAUGCUCUUUGAACUCUUCAAGAAUGCCAUGCGGGCCACAGUGGAAAGCCACGAGUCCAGCCUCACUCUGCCCCCCGUCAAAAUCCUGGUGGCCUUGGGUGAGGAAGAUCUGUCCAUCAAAAUGAGUGACCGAGGCGGAGGUGUCCCCUUGCGGAAGAUCGAGAGGCUUUUCAGCUACAUGUACUCCACAGCCCCCACCCCCCAGCCUGGCACUGGGGGCACCCCACUGGCUGGCUUUGGGUAUGGGCUCCCCAUUUCUCGCCUCUAUGCCAAGUACUUCCAGGGAGACCUGCAGCUCUUCUCCAUGGAAGGCUUUGGGACAGACGCCGUCAUCUAUCUCAAGGCCCUGUCCUCGGACUCAGUGGAGCGCCUGCCCGUCUACAACAAGUCUGCCUGGCGCCACUACCAGACCAUCCAGGAGGCUGGUGACUGGUGUGUGCCCAGCACGGAGCCCAAGAACACGUCCACGUACCGGGUCAGCUAGGGGCCUCUCCCCAACCAGCACCAGGAAGAUUGCUACAGGCCCGGCCACCAUGGGAAACCCUCCCCACCUCCUGGGGGUGGGGCAGAGCUCAGUCUCCCUGAUGGCCAGGUCUCUUGGUGGAAAUCCAUCACAGUGACCUAUCUGUGGUGGUCCCUAAGUGCCAAUCUGUCUCUAUGGACAUACCGAGGUGGUCUCCCUGGGGCCCAGUCUCCAUGGCGAUGCCUGAAGGUUUGGGAUGGCUCUAUGUGAUGGAGUGCCCCAGAGACACUUCCCGAUGGCAGUUUUCCCCUGAGGCCAGGGUGUCAUCCUUCUGCCAGGGGACCCCUGUGCCCACAUAGUCCUGGCCUUCCAUGUGGCUGUCCUGCUUGCCUUAUUCACCUACCCUGUACUGGCACACUGAGCCGGGUCCUUUGUCAGUGUGAGAAAGGGUGGGGGGCCCUCAGGUCUGGGGAGAGGAGUGCACCCAUGACUUCUGGUUGGGGGCCUGGUCCUGUGUCCUUUCUUCACUGGGGACAUGAAGGUUAUAGCUGCGGAACAGGGACUGGGGCGUGGUUCUCACCCAAGGCCACCCCUAAGGUGGAGGAACGUGGGGAGGCUCAGAAGUGACCUGCCCAAUUGAGGACCAAGGCUGAUCUUGGCAAUGUCUGUGCCACCUCGUAAACUUGCCCAGCAUGUCCUCACAUGCCCAUACCACCUGCCCGGCACACACCCACCUGAGCUCUAGACCCUAACCCUCUUGUGCCCACCAUGUGUGUACGGGUGACUUCAGCCCUAGGAAUGCUCUGUGUACGUAGCCAGUUUUAUAACUCUCAACACCCCGCCCUUCCCCUGAGCACACAAGGGUGAGAGCUGUGAGCCUCUCCCAGAGGCUCAGAUGGCAAGAGUGACAUCUAUAGUAAAGAGAGAGAAUGAGA